CGGGUGAUUUGUUUAUUCGUCUUGCGCUCCGAUCCCUGACAGUGACAGCUACUUCGCCCAAUACAUGCUGCAAGUUCCGAAGAGUCAUUUUCUCAAAUCGAUCAGGGGAAUCAUGCCACGGACUCGGGCAGCCUCUCAGAAACAAGCUGUACCCGCACCUGAUGCCCCGGGAACCCCAGCAGAGCACACUUCGAAACCGAAGAAGACAGUGAGGCGGAAAAAGUCCGAUGAAGUUAAAGUACCUGUUUCCAGUGCCGACGGCGAGAUAUCUGAUAUCGAAGACGUAGUCUCCAAAAAGCUCAAGUGGGAGCCGAAGAACUGGUUCCAAAUUUUGGAAGGUGUCCGGAAAAUGCGGGAGAAGAAAGACGCACCAUGUGACAUUAUGGGCUGCCACAUGGUCUCCGGAGAGAAAGCAGAUCCCAAGCUCCAAAGAUUUCAAAUCUUGAUCUCACUCUUACUGUCGUCGCAAACAAGAGACGAAGUCAAUUACGCCGCUUGCUCCCGGCUGCAUGAUUUCGGAUUCACUCCCGAGAAGUUGAAGGAGACUGACGAAGCCAUCAUCGAGAAAAUGCUCCAUCCCGUGGGUUUUUACAGAACAAAAGCCAAGAAUUUGCGCAAGGUGGCGCAAAUUUGCUUCGAGCGGUACGAUUCUGACAUUCCGCAUUCAGUGGAGGAACUUUGCCAGCUUCCCGGCGUGGGUCCCAAAAUGGCUUACCUUACAAUGAACUGUGCGUGGAAGGAGACGACCGGCAUUGGCGUCGAUACGCAUGUACAUCGUCUCGCGCAACGUUGGCUAUGGCUUCCCAAAGGACAGACAAAAUCGCCGGAAGACACAAGGCUACAGCUUGAAAGUUGGCUUCCCAGUGAUCUCUGGGAGGAGCUCAACUGGCUACUCGUCGGUUUCGGGCAGACCGUGUGCGGCCCUACGCAUCCGAAAUGCUCCGAGUGCCUCAUAAAUGACGUUUGCCCGAACGCUUUCAAGGAAAACAAGAAGAAGGCGAGUCCGGAGGGGAAGAAGAAGGCGAGUCCGGAGGGGAAGAAGAAGGCGAGUCCGCAGGGGAAGAAGAAGCAAGAAAAAUCUCCGUGAUUCCCUCCGAGUGGAAUUCCUGUGAAGUGUCGGAUAUGUGAAUACCUUAGAGCCGCUGUCUCUCUCGGGAAUUUCGAGCGAUUUUAACCUGGUUUCCCGAUUUACAAUACAACUUACAAUAAAAGCAGAGUAUAUUUGAUCAAACA